CCAAAGUUGAACUUGAAAUAUACGCUCUUAUUAGUGUUAGAUUUUCAAACAUACCAUCUAAUAUUCCUUCAUUAAAAACUAACCUAAAUAAACCAUUUUGUCAUCCAAAAAAAUCAAUCAUUUUGACACAAAGAAAAAUGAACAUAAUGAAAUAUUCAAAGAUAAAGAUGUCUGUACUCAAUCAAAGUGGAGAGGAGUCGGUUGAAUGCCCGCUUUGUAUGGAAGCAUUAGAAGUGGAUGAUCUUAAUUUCUUUCCUUGUACUUGUGGAUAUCAGAUAUGCAGGUUCUGCUGGCAUAGGAUUAGAACUGAUGAAAAUGGGUUAUGUCCAGCUUGUCGUAAAGCCUAUAGUGAAGAUCCAGCUGAUUUUAUUCCUUUAUCCAAGGAGCAGGUGGCAAAAUUGAAAGCAGAAAAACGACAUAGGGACCAACAAAGAAAAGCGAAAUUGAGUGAAAAUAGAAAACAUUUGGCUAGUGUUAGGGUUGUCCAACGUAAUCUAGUGUUCGUAGUGGGAUUACCUGUACGUUUGGCUGAUCCUGAACUUCUUAAAAAACACGAAUAUUUUGGCAAGUUUGGUAAAAUCCAUAAAGUUGUUAUAAAUCAGUCUACUUCCUAUGCGGGAUCCCAGGGGCCUAGUGCAAGUGCUUAUGUGACUUACAUGAAAAGUGAUGACGCUCUACGUGCUAUCCAAAGUGUUAACAAUAUAAUGAUAGAUGGCAGAAUGCUUAAAUCAAGUUUAGGUACCACCAAGUAUUGCUCUCAUUUCAUGAAGAAUCAACCUUGUCCCAAAGCUGAUUGCAUGUAUCUCCAUGAUUUUGGAGAUCCUGAGGCUAGUUUCACAAAGGAGCAGAUGCAUGCAGGAAAACAUCAAGAGUAUGAGAAGAAACUACAUGAGGCACUGGUGUCUCGUCAAAACACUACAACUCCUCCUAGUAACAUUGGUCCAUGUGAAAAAGGUGCCUCCAGUUGUAAUUCCAGCCCCCCAUCUUUGCAGAACCAUGAGGCAUAUUCCAAAAAGGAUCCUCAUUCUUUGAGCAGCUCAGUUGGUUCUGUUGGUUCAUCAAAGGGAAAAGAAGGUUCUCCACCAUCAGGUGGAAGUUCUGGCAAGGAUAAUUGGCCACAAUUAAGUAUAGAAAAAGGAGAAAAAAUCACAGAUGUUAAAAAAUCAGACCAGGCUAAAGACAAAUCAAAAUCAAACAAAGCCAAAUCGAAAAAUUGCCCUGGAUCACCCCCUAGUGUUCAAGCCAGUACAGCAGAUGAUAUGUCUGCAAGUUGUAACGAUUUGUUUAGUGAUAAUACAGUGAAAUUAGAGAAAAAAGGACAAGAUGUAGAAAAUUUUGAUUUGGAAGAACAAAAUAAGAAGGAAGUUGAUGGUAAAUUAGAAUUGGAACAAAUUUCAAAUAUAGGUGAAUUACACAGUAAAAAAAUUCAGAGGGAUAACUUAGAGAAAUUCAAGAAUGGAGUCGAGGGUCACAGUAUAUUCUGUUUAGGAGAUUCAAAAUUAGGAUUAUCUAGUGACAAUUCUAGUUUUUUCAGUCAAGGUUUCCAAACUGUAAAUCACACAUUGAAUGGUCUAUCAUCAACAACGGAGGAAGACCAUCAUCCAGACCAUUCUGCCAGAGAAAACGACUUGACCACACCACCUGGCGUUCUGUCAGAUACUUUCCCCUCGUUGAACACUUCGGAAGACUGGGUCUUCGGUUUCGAGAAUGAUCACUUGGAAGAAUUAGCCAAACAGACUUCUAGAACUAGACAGGCCGGUAAACCACCAAAAGAAUCCCUGGAUACCAUAGUCAAUGGAAUUAACACAAGCGGAAACAUUUUAGGAAAUAUUCAUCAAAAUGUACCCAGUCAGAGUAACCAGGGUGCCCUUAUGGGGGGUUAUGGGACCACCAAAUUCUUUGAGGAUUUAGAAUCAUCAAGAAGGUAUCUGGACAGUGGUAAAUUACAUGAAAAUGGCAUAAUGGAUAACUUGAUCAUCAGUAAUUCCAGUAAAACAAAUGGUUUUGUCAAUACACAUUAUGGUGGUUUAACGAAUAAAGAAGUUCUAUCUAAUGGAACUAAUGGGCUGAACGGUUUGGAUCACAAUAUGUCGAAAUUUUUCAUGGAUUUUCACAAGAAUCAGACACAAUUGAACAUGUUGAAUGGUAUAAAUUCACUCAUGACUCCCCCUACACAACAACAGAAUGGUUAUUAUCAACAACAGACGGCUGUGCAAGAACACUUAUUGUUACUGCAACAGAAACAAUUGGAAGAACAACUCAGGAAUCUAAAUCUCAAACAGCAGCAGCAGCAACAGAACUACCAGUUUCAAAAUGGGUAUUACAAUAGAGACCUGAACAGCUCUAGUCCAGCGCCUUUCGGUGGUAGACAUUUGUACAACGUUCCCGUUCAAGCACAGACACAGGCAGUGGGACUACAGCAAAUCCCACCUAAUCCAGUAAUGGUAGUAGGUCAGAGUCAGAAUAAAAUCAGGCAUCCUGAGGAUGAACUGGACUUUGAUCCAUUCCAAGAAACACAGAAGGGGUUAGCAGAGUUAAUAGCAACAGAAAAGAGUCAAACACAAGGACGAGCUAACAUGACACAGGGAGUUCACAUGAAUGGUUUAAUACACAAUCAGUCAAAUCCAGGAAUGGGACAUAUACCACCCCCACCUCCAGGUUUUGUACAACCACAAAAUUCCGCACAUAUGAACUCAUUUGGUAGUAAAAUUUUACCAUAUCUCAAUAUGUCAAAUAAUCCACAGUCUUUGAAUAGUCCAACACAAAAUAAUUGGUCUAAUGGUUAUGUGAAUCCACAAAAAAAUAUAUCAACAAAUGUAAAUGAUUGGAAAAACUUAGAUCCAGCAAUCCUAAGUUCCAGUAGACAUUUUCCCUUAGCAAAUAUGUCAGCGCCAUCUAUCAGAGAACACAGCACCUAUCCAAAUUUGGCACUCAAUAGUUUGGCCAACCUAAAUUCCCAAACAUCACCAACAACACAGAAUGUUAGGCCACAUAGUUACAUGAAUGGUACCACAGACUUUAGUACAGCGAACUUAUUUUCAAAUUUCGCUCAACAGAUUCAACAGCCAAAUCUAAAUGGUUUCACAACACACACAAACCAAUUGAACAGUUGGUUCACAAAUGAGGCAUUCUCAAACACAAACAAUAUAACAAGUCCCCCAGGAUUCAGAAAUUCACAAACUAAACAACAAGAAUGUUGAAAUUAAAUAUAAUAUAUAGUCAUUUUUUCCAUCUUUGUUUUCUUCAUUUGUAUCUUUUCUUUCCGAUUUUGAUAAGGUAUGGCUCAAUCCAAAGACCAGGAAAAUUUAGUUUAGAUUAUUAAGUGAGUCUUACGCAAACAAAUUUUCAAUUAAAAUGUGCAAUAUUGGAAUUUUUGAUGACGAGCAUUUUUGUUUUAAAUAAUAUCUGAUUUUUAACAUUCUCCUUUUGUCAUUUUAUUCACAGUUUUUUUUUUGUUGGAAUAUAUUGUGAAAUCAACAGAAAAAUUCCUUGAAGUGUAUUUUUUUUUGGCGUUUCUAAGUGUUUUUAGGAUAUUUUUAUUUUGAAAUAGUGAUCCAUACCUAUCAUUUGAAAAAAGAUUGAUUAUUCCAUAGUAUGAAUAAAAUGCUAUUCAAUAUAAAACAUAAUUUCUGUCUCCAACUUUCAAAUGACUUAACUAAGGGGUGCUUGGAAAAAAAUUCUCCUAUUUAUUGAUGAUACUGGAAAAAUAUCGAUUAUAUCAAAAACUGCUAAACAUUAAAUGAGCAAAUUUAA